GACGAUGUAUUCUCAUUUCUCUCUCUCUCGUGAAAAAAAGCAAAGAGAGUAGUAUUUGGAUUUCUCCACAAAGGAUCAGAGCGACUCGAAUCAAAGAUGGGCAAAGAUGGUUUGAGCGACGACCAAGUCUCAUCAAUGAAGGAAGCGUUCAUGCUAUUCGACACAGACGGCGACGGCAAAAUCGCGCCGUCGGAGCUCGGAAUCCUGAUGCGAUCACUCGGCGGCAAUCCCACGGAAUCACAGCUCAAAUCGAUCAUCGCGACUGAGAGCCUCUCGUCUCCGUUCGAUUUCAAUCGAUUCCUCGAUCUAAUGGCGAAACAUCUGAAAACAGAGCCGUUCGAUCGCCAGCUUCGUGAUGCCUUCAAGGUGCUGGACAAAGAAAGUACUGGAUUCGUGGCUGUAGCGGAUCUGAGGCAUAUACUUACGAGUAUCGGUGAGAAAUUGCAGCCGAGUGAGUUUGAUGAGUGGAUCAAAGAGGUCGAUGUUGGAUCUGAUGGUAAGAUCCGGUAUGAGGAUUUUAUUGCUAGGAUGGUUGCUAAGUGAGAUCUAUCUAAGUCUCUAAUUUGAAUUUUGGAAUUAUACAUUACUCUCUUUGAUUGUUUCGAAUGAUGAUGAUGAUGACUUGAGAGCGAGUCUUAGGGUUUGUUUCUGAAAUGUUUGAUUGUUAAUGUAAUUGGGAAUUGGUGUUAGAUUCUAUUCCCCAGAAUAUGGUAAAUCUCUUUAUCUUUUUACGGUUUCUGAUAAUUUAAUUGAGUUGGAUUAAGCUGUGUUAUUGAAAAGAUGGUUCCUUUUUUA